AUGUCAAAGGCACUGGGCACUUCAGCCAAAAGAAUUCAGAAAGAGUUAGCUGAAAUCACACUUGAUCCACCACCUAACUGCAGUGCUGGACCAAAAGGGGAUAAUCUCUAUGAAUGGGUUUCUACAAUCCUUGGGCCACCAGGAUCAGUGUAUGAGGGUGGCGUUUUCUUCCUUGAUAUACAUUUUUCACCAGAAUAUCCUUUCAAGCCACCUAAGGUGACCUUUCGCACCAGGAUAUACCACUGCAACAUCAACAGCCAGGGUGUUAUAUGCUUAGACAUACUCAAAGACAACUGGUCACCAGCGCUUACAAUAUCUAAAGUCCUACUAUCAAUAUGCUCACUAUUGACUGACUGCAAUCCUGGUAAGAGUUAUUAUAAA